GUGUACCCAAGCCCGAUGUUAUAGCUCAAAGUUGUGAUCCCUGACGCGACCUAAAUCUUUGAAUUUCCCCCAGAAAUGAACCCGCCGCUCUCAACGGGGGCGCUGCUGCAUGUUGCAGCGACGUCUUCUGGGCCGGAUGCUAAGGUCCCCAUUACUGGCGUGUUCCAAGUGCUAGAUAUCAAGCAAAUACAGUCAAAGGAUAACGCGGCGAAUGCCAAACCGCGCCACAAGGCGCGUAUGAGCGAUGGCCAGUACACGCUCAUUUGUAUGCUCAGCUCCCAGGUCGGCGACCUCGUCCUGUCGGGCGCCCUGGUGCAAGGCGCUAUCGUGCAAAUUACGGACUUCAUCAUCAACCAGGUUAACGACCGGAAGAUGUUCAUUGCCUUCAACUGCUCGGUGCUUGAGCAGUAUGGCACCUACCAGGCGCCCAUCAUGGUGCCGCCCCACACGGAGCUGGUGGACGCCCAGAAAGCGGCGGAGGAAGGCAACCACGGCAACCAGCAGCAGCCGCCCGGCGGCUUCGGCGGGAACGCUGGCGGCUAUGGCGGGCCGCCGCCUCCCGUCAACAACGGGAACGGCAUGUAUGGCGGCCCGCCGCCUCAGGCCAGCGCCAGUGGGUACGUGCCGCCCGGGGCCGCCGGCGGCAUGUACGGCGGGCCCCCGCCGCCCAUGAACAACGCCGGCCCUUACGGCGGCCCGCCGCCGCCUCAGGGUGGCGGCAUGUACGGCGCCCCGCCGCCGGUGAAGCCGGACCAGCAGCAGGGUGGCGGCGCUGGCGGCAUGUACGGAGGCCCGCCGCCGGGCCAGAACAACCCCUACGGCGCCCCGCCGCCCCAGCAGCAGGGCUACAACCCCUACGCGCCCAACGGCGGUGCGCCCGGUGGCGGCGGCCGCCCGCCCGCCAACUACCAGGCGAACGGCGCCAUCGCGCGCGACGACGCGCCGCCGCGCUUCAUCCCCAUCUCCGCGCUGAACCCCUACACGGCGCGCUGGGCCAUCCGCGCGCGCGUGACCAGCAAGGGCGAGCUGCGGCGCUGGACCAACGUGCGCGGCGAGGGCAAGGUGUUCUCGUUCGACCUGCUGGAUAAGGAUGGCGGCGAGAUCCGCGCCACGGCGUUCGGUGCGGAGGCGGACAAGUUCUUCGAGGUCGUGGAGGCCGGAGCCAUCUACCAGAUCAGCAAGGCGAGCCUGACCAACAAGCGGCCGCAAUUCAACCACACCAACCACCAGUACGAGAUCAAGCUGGACCGCAACUCCAUGGUGGAGCGCGUGGCGGAGGACCCGGAGACAUCGCAGAUCCCCACCAUCAGCUAUAACUUCCGGCGCAUCACGGAUCUGGAGACCGCGGAGGCGGGCACGGUGGUGGACAUUAUCGGCGUGGUGGAGACCUGCGAGCCGUGGCAGACCAUCACGCGGCGCACGGGCGAGGAGACUCAGAAGCGCAGCAUGGUGGUGCGCGACGACAGCGGCCGCUCUAUUGAGGUGACGCUCUGGGGCGCGCUGGUCAACAACCCCGGCGACCAGAUCGAGCAGAUGGUGCGUGGCGGCGGCCGGCCCGUUCUGGCGGCCAAGGCGCUGCGUGUGGGCGACUACAACGGCAAGACGCUGUCCACCGUGGGCGCCAGCGCCCUCCGCCUGGACCCCAUGGACCUGCCCGCGGCGCAGCGCGUGCGCGGCUGGUACAACGGCGGCGGCAAGGCGCAGGCCGUCAACUCCCUCAGUGCCGCGGGCGGUGGCGGCGGCGGCGGCCGCACCGACCGGCGCACGGUGCUGUCGGCCAUCAAGGAUGAGAACCUGGGCCGCUCCGGCAAGGCGGACUGGGUCAACGUGUCGGCGGUGCUGGACAUGAUCAAGACCGACAACCAGGGCGGCGCCUCCGCGGUCGUGUACCCGUCCUGCCCGCACGACUUCAACGGCAGGCCCUGCCAGAAGAAGAUGAUGGACGUGGGCGGCGGCAACUGGAACUGCGACCGCUGCCAGUUCUCCACGGAGAACCCCGCCUGGCGCUACCUGGUGUCUCUGUCCGCCUGCGACCACACCGCCAAGCAGUCCCUGACCGCGUUCGGCGACGCGGGCGACGCCAUCUUCGGCCGCUCCGCCACCGAGGUCCGGAACAUGGAGGUCGACAGGCCGCAGGAGUUUGACCGGCUGGCGGAGAGCAUCCGCUUCACGCCCUUCUUCUUCCGCCUCAAGGUGGCCGAGGACAACUACAACGACGAGCAGCGCAUCAAGGUGUCCAUCUACAAAAUGGAGCGCACCACCGACUUCGUCAAGGAGUGCGGUGCCAUGCUGCAGAGCAUCAAGGCGCUGGAGGCCGGACAGAACCCCUUCUCCAACGCGGCGGCGGCGCAGACCGCUGGAGGCCCCGGCGGCGCGGCGGCGCCCGCCGGCGGCGCCGGACCUAGUGGCUACGGCGGCGGCGGAGCCGGGCCAUCGCAUUACGGCGGUGCGGCGGGCGGAGGCGGUGGCUACGGCGCGCCGCCGCCGCAAUCGACGAACCCGUACGCGGCGCCGUCGACGAACCCCUAUGGUGCGCCGCCGUCUGCGGGCGGCGGGCGGGGACCCAACACGCCGCCGCCGGCUGGAAACGGCUACGGCGCCCCUCCUCAGGGCGGAGCAGCGGGCGGCUACAACCAGCAUCAACAGGGUGGAGGCGGCUACAACCAGCAAGGGGGCGGCUAUAACCAGCAUCAACAGGGCGGAGGCGGCUACGGCGGGCCGCCGCAGCAGCCGGGCGGUGGUGGCUACAACCAGCAAGGGGGUGGCGGCUACGGCGGCUACCAGGGAGGUGGCGGCGGUGGCGGGUGGAACGGCGGCCCGCCGCAGCAGCAACAAGGCGGCGGCGGCGGGGGCAUGUACGGCGGCCCGCCGCCGCAGCAGCAACAGCAGCAGCAACAGGCACACGCGGUGCCGCCCAAUGCGUUCUGGUAGCCAUGGCGCGACAUGGGUAGGCGGGGCGGUCUGGCGGCGCUGUGGUGAGGUGCAUGUGGCAUGGUAGGGCAGAAUGCAUUAGAAGGCUGGCUCAACUAAACUGCGAGAAUAACUCUAUGGAGAAUAAGCGUGUGCCGGGUCACUGGCGUUAAUUUGGUGGAGACAAGCUGACUGUGCGCGUCUAAUGUACAUGAGAACGCGCAAGGGUAUGCGUGAGGAAGAUUGGGAGUAGCGUCAAACGCAGCAGUGGAUGUGGUGGCAUGGUGUUGGUGCACAUAACCGGCAUCAGUACUCUUCGUGCGUGUGUGCAGCGGAGGAAUUUGAGUGCAAGCGGGGCAAGGUGGCGUGGAGCUGUGGAACAAAGCGCUAUUACGGUACUCUGUAAGGCCCACAGUUC